AUGGCAAGACAGAUAGACGGCGAUUGGAUCGAUCUGUGCAACUGCUUGUCUAUUCCGCUGGUUGUGCGGGUGAUCGAAAGCGAUGUGAUGCUUGCAAGACGAAAGUAUUUGUACGAGAAGCACACUCUCGUGGUCGAUGCCGCUGUUGAUGCUGCGCUGCUCUGUCGGAGUUUGGCUGUCCAACACACGCACAAUCGCACUCACACGAGGAAAGCCAACCGCCAACCGCCCCUUUUGCGUGGCGAUCGAGGUUUGUUAGAGCUCAUUUUGAAACCGUUGAAAAGAAUUAGCGAAGCUGGAAUCGAAACCGAAAAUGAAGUCGAGGCUGUGUGCAUCUGGCUCAGAUUCAGCUUCAGACACACACGUGGUGAGAAAGAAGAGUGA